AUGAAACAACACGCGUGGCUAUCCAGCACUGCUAGGGGAGUGGGCCAUACCUACCCGGGAGCGGGCCGGCAUGGGCAAUCCUUCAUCCAUCGCAACGGUCUCGCCGGCAAGGAGGUCGAGAUGCCCGAGGACCUUAUCGCGAGCUCCCGGAAGACCGACCUUCUCGACCAGACGGGUGAGUGGAAGUGGGCGGGCAUCAGGAAGUACCUCAAGCUGGUCAAGAGGUUUGAGGAGUUCUUGCUGCUCCUCGCCCACAUCACGGGAGGCCAACCUAGCCGAGGAGAGGAGAUUACAGGGCUACGCCUCAUCAAUGGCAUUAACAGGGACCGCAACAUCUUUAUCAUCGACGGCAAGGUUGUUCUCGUUACGCAGUACCACAAGUCCCUCGCCCACUUUGACUCGCCCAAGGUCAUCCCUCGCUUCUUGCCUGGGCGGAUCGGGCAGCUGUUCGUCAUGUAUAUGAUCUAUAUCCGGCCGCUGACAGAUCGCUGGGAGGUCGAUAAGUGGGAGCUAUACGGGGGGAAGAUGGCACCGCCGAGCGACUUUAUCUGGCAUAACGAGGCGGCAGGAGGAGUACCCUGGGAGAGCUGGAUUCGCAGCGGUAUAACGGCAGGGCUACAAGUAGACGAGGUUAGACAAUAUGAGUACAUGGUAGAGGAGGGAAGCACCAGCGUUCUAGAGGAAGAUGUGGGCCCUUGA